CUUUUAUACUUCAAACUAAUGAAACAGAUGAUGAUUCAAAUAUUGAAAAUGAAGAUGAAAUUAUACAUUCUUUUGUGCUUUUUCUUCCACCAACUGAUCGUGAAAAUGUUGCUAUUAAUAAUGCUCUUGACUAUUUGGA